AUGCAACUGGUCGAUCAACUGAAACAACACUCACCGACCCUUCUUCUCUUACUCACUCUCAUCAUUGCCAUCUUUGUAUUCAAGAAAUUCAUUGGAUCUGUUGCCAGCGAUGAAGAGAUUCGACACUACUUACGAGAAGGAGCUUUAAUCAUUGAUGUAAGGAGUCGUGGAGAGGUUUUAUCAACGGGACUCUUUCCUGGAGCCAUUCAUAUUCCUAUUGGCGAGUUGGAGGCUUCUUCUUCACCUCAUAAAUCUCUUCCUCGAGAUCAGGAAUCGGCCAAAAUUAUUGUGUAUUGUGCUUCGGGAAUGAGAAGUGCCUCGGCACAAGGCUUGUUAAAGGAGAUGGGAUAUCGGAAUGUGGUGAAUGCUGGAGGACUUUCUAACAUGAUGCGGUUUAAAUAA